GGGAAACUUCGCGGGAGCCCCGCGACACGUCUCAGGCGUCUUUUCUCCCAGGUCUAUUCCCAUUCCUCCGGAGAAGGGGACACAGUGGGGUUGGGGAUCUGGAGCAGGGGGCCUGCACCCUAUAGGGACCAAGGCCUGUAGGACUCGUUUUAAGCUGAGAGCGCCAACGGACAGACGUAGACUGUGUGGCCUGCAUCUUGCCUAGGAAGCCGAGGGGCUCCUAGUCCGGCAGUGGAAACAGCGCGAAGCCGGAGGACUGCAGGUCCUGCCCCGGCCCAGAGUUCCCAGCACCCUCGUUUCUGAAUCAGCCGAGACCACGGAGAACUGCUGUACGGCAGCUCACGUGUGAACCCGGUCACCAUCGCCUUCACCCCGGGAGGAAGGCAGAUUCGUUUACCCCAGACCACCUCGACUGUGGGGUCCCGCCCCCGGAGCCGGCUGGAGCCUAGCCGCAGGCGCAGCCACGCCCUCCCGCUGGGCUCAGAUUUCCACCUGGUAUUAGGUGAACUGAUUGGGGGUUAAUGAGAGCGACGCCCCGGGCAGCUAGUUCCCUCCCGGGCCCGGGCCCGACCCCCGCUCUCUGCCAAUGCAGCCUGCGCGUUCUGGCGUCCUGUCUUUUUUGUCUGCUAAAUUAUCGGUGCACUGCCGACUCGGGACACCUAGCAUUUCCCAGUCAACGUUGGCGGAUCGGGCUCCACUUCCCUAGGACAAGAUUUUUUGGUCUCCGCCGGGCUGGCUAAGCCCUCGGAGUGACCGUGGGUGACAGCGGCUCCAGGGACUCUUGGGGCGCAGUGGGGAAAGUGCCGGACCACCAUGCCGCGCUCAUUUCUCGUCAAAAGCAAGAAGGCUCACAGCUACCACCAGCCGCGCUCCCCAGGACCAGACUAUUCCCUCCGUUUAGAGAAUGUACCGGCGCCUAGCCGAGCAGACAGCACUUCAAAUGCAGGCGGGGCGAAGGCGGAGCCCCGGGACCGUUUGUCCCCCGAAUCGCAGCUGACCGAAGCCCCAGAGAGAGCCACCGCAUCCCCAGACAGCUGCGAGGGCAGCGUCUGCGAACGGAGCUCGGAGUUUGAGGACUUCUGGAGGCCCCCGUCACCCUCCGCGUCUCCAGCCUCGGAGAAGUCAAUGUGCCCAUCGCUGGACGAAGCCCAGCCCUUCCCCCUGCCUUUCAAACCGUACUCAUGGAGCGGCCUGGCGGGUUCUGACCUGCGGCAUCUGGUGCAGAGCUACCGACCGUGUGGGGCCAUGGAGCGCGGCGCUGGCCUGGGCCUCUUCUGUGAACCCGCCCCGGAGCCGGGCCACCUGGCCGCGCUGUACGGCCCGAAGCGGGCUGCCUGCGGCGCGGGGGCCGGGGCGCCAGGGAGCUGCAGCGCAGGGGCCGGUGCCACGGCUGGCCCUGGCCUAGGGCUCUACGGCGACUUCGGGUCUGCCGCAGCCGGGCUGUAUGAGAGGCCCACGGCAGCGGCGGGCUUGCUGUACCCGGAGCGUGGCCACGGGCUGCACGCAGACAAGGGUGCUGGCGUCAAGGUGGAGUCGGAGCUGCUGUGCACCCGCCUGCUGCUGGGCGGCGGCUCCUACAAGUGCAUCAAGUGCAGCAAGGUGUUCUCCACGCCGCACGGGCUCGAGGUGCACGUGCGCAGGUCCCACAGCGGUACCAGACCCUUUGCCUGCGAGAUGUGUGGCAAGACCUUCGGGCACGCGGUGAGCCUGGAGCAGCACAAAGCCGUGCACUCGCAGGAACGGAGCUUUGACUGUAAGAUCUGUGGGAAGAGCUUCAAGAGGUCAUCCACACUGUCCACACACCUGCUUAUCCACUCAGACACUCGGCCCUACCCCUGUCAGUACUGUGGCAAGAGGUUCCACCAGAAGUCAGACAUGAAGAAACACACCUUCAUCCACACUGGUGAGAAGCCUCACAAGUGCCAGGUGUGCGGCAAGGCAUUCAGCCAGAGCUCCAACCUCAUCACCCACAGCCGCAAACACACAGGCUUCAAGCCCUUCGGCUGCGACCUCUGUGGGAAGGGUUUCCAGAGGAAGGUGGACCUCCGAAGGCACCGGGAGACGCAGCACGGGCUCAAAUGAGCACCCUGGCUGGCUGCAAGCACCAGCUACACAACACUACUGAGGGCAGCCUCUCUGCUUGCCACCACUCCGCUCCCUGCUUGCCUCCACUCCCUUCUGACUUUCCAGACCCCAGGUCCAGUCUGCAGAUCCUACCAGGGUGCUCCUCCUUUGCCUUACCUCCUGGAGCUGCCAGAAGAGAUGAGGUACCUUUUCAAAGUGCAGCUGAGAGUGAGAACCAAGUGACUCUCUAGGCUUCGGACACAAAUAGGCUCCUCUACACCUGAAGACAAAGGCAAAGUCAAAUGGGGACCAGAAUAAAUCUUAGACCCCACAGUCCUUCCCAUUUCCAGCCCUAAUCUACAGACAGGAAUGCCCUUCAGGUUUCUUCCCUCCCCCUCUUGACCUACCCCAGAUAUUUGUGUGGAAGAGGAGGAAUCACCAUUUACAAGGUGGACAAAUGCUAAUAUUUUUAUCUAGAAAGAAGAGUGAGUGUUAACUUUUAUUUUUUUCCUUCUGGGGAGUCUGUUGACUCCUUUCUUUUGGGUGCUGCCUAUAAAUCUUGGAGGAAUCAUUUCUCCUCCUCAAAAACUGAUUCAGAAACUGACUUGGGGAAGGAAUUUAAUACUUUGAAGUCAUGAGAUGCAUCAUCAAGGCUACCCCCAAGAAGGAGCAGAAGAGAAGUUGGUGAUGAGAGGGGAUUAGAGGUCCUCCCUUCAGUAGGCCUGUGAAAGCCUCAUCACUGGAGGUAAAAGCACAAGCAAUGCCUGUGGACAAGAUGUCAUUCAUUCACUCAGCAAAUGUCCAUGGAUCACCGGCUACCAAGGUACCAGGCACCAUGCUAGGUAUUGGGGAAGAGAGACUGAAGUCACAACCCCUGACUGCUCCUCAAAAGCUAACGGUUGCACCUCCAAGUGGCUGGGUCUGUUCUUACUCUUGGAGGGAAUUCUGAGAAGACAACACAGAAUUGUAAACCUUCCCUUUUGACCCUUUUGGAUUUUAUCAGGUGUAAACAAAAAGUAGCUGAACAGUUACUUCAAAGAUAUGUGUGUAUAUUCAGUUUUUUAUUGUUAAGCUGAUAUUUUAAAGAUGUCUGAGCUAGCACGCAUGUGGGAAGGAAGGCUCUGUCUUCAACUCUUUGACCCUCCAUGUGUACCAUAGAGGGGGGAAAAGUGGUAUUUUCACUUUGAUGAGGUUGGUAAAUGUUUUUAGAUCUUCUGGUAUGCAUUAUGUUUGUUAAUACAUAUUUAUUAGAGUGAUGUUUUAAGUUAAUAAAGUAUUAAGAGUAU